AUGAUAAUCGGCCUCGUGUUUUUGACAAUAUAUGUGGUCUCAUUCAUUAGUUUUUUGAUUUUAUUUCCGUUUUAUUUGUGUGUAAAUAGAGUGAACCGCAAGCGAGAUCAACGAAACGUGCUCUUCCCUACCAUAAAUCACUUCUUCAAUAUGGUCCAAGUCGUGUACACCCUUUUUGCAACCACAUUAAUAAUUAUUUGCAUUGGAUUUUUAUUUGGUUUUAGUCUGAACUACUCAACCUAUAUUCAGAAUAGUAAAUCUACAUUUUUAAUAUUGUUCAUUCUAUCCAUAUGGUGGCUCCUUUCAAUCAUCAUUCAAGUAUUCUAUAUACUAAUUAUUCUACUAGCCAUUGAGAAAUUUGCCAUUUACUUUUUUCCAUCAACUGAGAAAUUUGUGAUAUCAGCGCAAAAGUAUCAAAUCAAAUAUGUGAAGGGUUUUUAUCUGGUGAUAGCCAUUUUCCAGCUCAUAAUAACGAUUAAUACACUUGGACUUUGACUUAGAACUUUCGAUGGGAUUAGGAUCCGAAUGAUAACGUAUAUAUGCUUUAACAUUACCUUCAUGCUCUCCGCCCUGUUAUAUGUUCCGAUAAUGAUAAGUCUCGGCAAAUUUUCCUAUUUAAUUUCGGCUCAGCGCAACAACCCACAAAAAUACAUUUUCUGGCAGACCUUCAAUAUUCUCAUAUUCAAAUUGACUUUCAUCGCUUCAAUUGCAUAUUGCCAGGUCGCUCUUGAACCCUUUGAGGAUUUGGUGCUCAGUCAGAUGUUUGGCGAUAUUAUUAUUAUCCCGCAAGUCAUUCAGAUAUCUUAUCUAUCUUGUAACAAACGAAAUAUGGAUACUCUGCUAAAAUCGUUCAGUGGAAUUAAAUUUGUUAGAUUAGUGUUUAAUAUUCAAGAAACCACAUCUGUUGCACCACAGACUGUGCCAGCUACUCACUUUUGA